CGUUUGAUUAGUGCGAGGGCUCUUAAACCAUUUUUGUGAAAGAUUCAUUCGCAAAUAUGGCGGCGAUUCCUGUUCAAAAAUCCAUGGCUCGACAGCCUCACUGCGAAUCCGCCUUUCAAGAAGAGGACGCGAGUUGUAAUACUAGCAUCGAUCAAAGUGCAAUUUUAGAUGAGAGUAAGUUUAUCUUGGAACUGAAACUAUGGGCGCUUCGAAUACCCCGUGAGCUGUGUGGAUCAGUUGUUCGGAUCUUGAAUGGGUACUUGCUAGAUAGGCCGCGAACCAAACAUGUUGUUCAAGACCCUUGUUGUGAAUUAAACCGUUUUGUGGUCUUAUCAGAAAGAGUUCAAAAUACAAAGUUAUCGGAGAUUCCUGAGCAAAAGCUUGAUGAAUUGAAGAAGCUAUGUGAAAUUGAUGUGGUUCCCUAUACUUUGACCCUUGGCUAUUCCUAUUGGACUGCAGACCAUAUCUUGAGGCAAAUACUUCCUGCAGGGGUCGAGGUACCUUCUUCAUUCGAAACAAUAGGUCACAUUGCCCAUUUGAAUAUAACUGGAGAACUAUUGCCGUACAAGGAUGUUAUUUCCAAGGUUAUUUUUGAUAAAAACCAUCCCAAAAUCAAGACUGUUGCGAAUAAAGUUGGAACAAUAACAAAUGAAUUCAGAGUACCGUCAUUUGAGAUUUUAGCUGGCAAAGAUGACAUGGUCACGGAAGUAAAGCAGUAUGGAGCUACUUUCAAGCUUGAUUAUGGCUUGGUCUAUUGGAACUCAAGACUGGAACAUGAACAUAUGCGACUAGUUUCUUUAUUUAAGCCAGGAGAGAUCAUUUCUGAUAUGUUUGCUGGUGUAGGUCCUUUUGCAAUUCCAGCUGCGCAAAAGGGCUGUAUUGUUUUUGCAAAUGAUUUAAAUCCAAGUAGUGUUCAAUAUUUACGCACUAAUGUAGAGAUCAACAAGGUUGAGGAAUAUGUUUGCACAUAUAAUAUGGAUGCGAGACAUUUCAUGCACCAACUAAUGGCUGGCCCAAUCAAUCCUGACACACCAGUUGAUGCCGUUAAGGCCGAGGAAGUAUGCAGCAUUUCUGGUGAUGGAACUCCACACUCUGAGACCUGCAGCUCUACAGGUGAUGCUGAAGAAGAUUCUAAGCCUGGGAGUAUGAAAGAUAGUACAGUAGUGAGUUCUGCGAACUCCACAAAGAGUAGGAAAAAAGGAAACACUAACAAGCGGAUGAGAGGAUUAAAGUUAUCGUCAAUUAAUCCAUGGGAGCACAUUGAUCAUAUCAUCAUGAAUCUGCCUGCGUCUGCUCUGCAAUUCCUUGGAAGACAGCGCUACAUUGGUCUGCUCUUGCCUAUUUUGGCAUUUGUUUCGACUCUUGGCCUCAUGAAGAAGCCCAUGAAAAAGAAUCAGAAAAAUGGAGUUUAUGGAGUUGAUAAGUGCAGGCUGUCCAUUUCAUCGUUGGCUUGAUCUAUAGUAUUAGUAGUAGUAUUUUUAUUAUUAUUAACUCUUUAUCUGAUGAUAAUGAAGCAAACUACCAAAUUUUGGGUUAAAUCUGUCCAGGGCCUCGAUUUAACAUCAUUUUUUCUUUCCUAAAAUGGAUGGGUUCUAUUCAUGGUGCUUUUUCUCUCCUCGAGAAAAUCUAGUUUCCAUUUUUUUUUAAUUAUUAUUUCUUUCACAAUCUUCUUCACUGGGACAAAGAGGAUUUGUGCACCACAAUUUGGCCGAAACUAAUGACCCCGUGGCCCCCAAAUGUGCGAGUGCAGACACUAUCCAGGUCCACCCUUGGGCUGACCAAAUGUUUUCCCCAAUUUGUCAUUUCUCACGCUAAAUGAGCUUGAUGAACAACCAAGUUCCUAAUUAUACUAGUCAGUGACUAAUUACUUAUUUGCAACAUUCAACCACAUCUAGCAUUUCAUGCAACAUUUACUUGUUCCCUUGUUGAUUCCA